AUGUACCAUGUCGUCUGGCACGGCAGGCGACGCGGCAUAUUUACAGAGUGGGAAGGGGAUGAUGGUGCCAUGAGACAGGUGAAUGGCUUCAGGCAUGGACAUGCAGACACUUUUGAUGAAGCUGUGGAACUUCUUCUCGAGGGACUUCAAGCAGAAAUGACAGUGGGCGACCUAGAGGUCCCUGUUUCAUUGGCUCCGCAGACACCGGCGGCCAAUGGAACUCCCGCUACGGAUGAGUCGACCAACGAUGAAAUGUCCGGCAUAGCCUCGCCAUCCCAGACUCCCACAGAAACGUCUACCGCAUCUUCCAUCGCCGAUGAGGAGAUGUUGGACGAUGAAGAGGUUUCACCUGAGCCUCUCCUGUCUCCAGAAUAUCAUUCGUCGCCUGGCUCGCCUCGGCAUACCUCUCCCUUCGCAGCGGCCAUAAGUGAAGAGAAACCCGUGGAGCCUCGUCUCUGCAAGGAACAGCAAGAUGCCUUGGACCUUGCACUUGAAGGGCGAAAUCUCUUCAUAACUGGAUCGGGUGGCUGCGGUAAAUCGGUGCUGGUGAGGGCUCUCUUCCGGAAGCUGAGUGCCAAAAAGAGAGUUCACCUCCUCGCACCCACCGGCCAGGCCGCUGUCAACAUUGAAGGCGCAACAGUCCACCAUUUUAUGGGUUGGGGCACCGAGAGACACGCACUUGAUUUCCUUUCUUCUAAAGCAAAGAAAAACAAACGCGUUUACAAUAAUGUGACGCGGACUCAUGUUCUCAUCAUCGACGAGAUCAGCAUGGUCGACAACCAUCUCUUCACUCGACUCAGCCAGACUAUGAGUAAGGUCCGACACGAAGCCGCUCAAGAGGAAUAUUCGAGUCUAGAUCCUGUCGCAACACUGGGUCCAUUUGGGGGCAUUCAGGUCAUCGUUGUUGGGGACUUCUAUCAGUUGCCCCCGGUGCUACCGCUCUUAUGUUGCGAAUUGUGCGACGCAAACUGGAAGAAAAACGCAAGAGUCCCAAAGUGUGACCACUUGGAGGACACUGACAAGUGGGCAUUCAAGUCUGCUGAAUGGGAGAGGUGCAAUUUCAGUUACGUACAUCUUACAAAAAUACACCGCCAGCAAGAUGAGAAAUUCGUCAGGAUCCUCCAGAAGUGUCGAUUGGGCAAACUUGACAACGUCGGUGAUGUGAACACCCUUCUAAAGAAUCACGGAGUUGAAAAUGGGGUUCGGUUGUUCAGCAAAAAGGAUGACGUCAAGGCGUGCAACGAUGAGGAAUCCAGGAAACUAUCCGGUAGAGCAGCGGUGUACAAGAGCCUCGAUCACUUAGAGGAACAACAACAUAACAUGGACGACGAGGAAUCGCUCCCUGAAGCUCGACACGCCACAUCUAUCACGCUGAAGAUCGGAAUGCCUGUCAUGCUGCUUGCAAACAUAGAUGUCGAGAAUGGUUUCUGCAACGGCAGUCGGGGUGUUAUCCGUGAUUUUGCAUCGCGUCUUCAUGAGGAACCAAAGAAGCCAAAUAGUGAGAACUACAAUGGAGAUACAGAUGCGUUCGAAAUUGCUCUGAGGAGGUACAACCAGAUUCGAAGGUUUAUGAAGGACAAACAAGACAUGAUAUACCCUGAAGUUGAAUUUUCCAAUGGUGCACGACGUGUUAUCGGCCCAGACUGUACUAUCAGCCGACUCGGCACAGAACCCUACAGCUAUUGGUCUCAAGUGCAGAUACCGCUGACGCCAAACUGGGCUAUGACUAUCCACAAAAGCCAGGGCAUGUCUCUGGACCGUGUUGUGGCCGACAUCACGAACAUUUGGGAGGGCGGACAAGCGUAUGUGGCUCUGAGCCGAGCACGGUCUCUUGAAGGACUCGAGUUGGAAGGGAACAACUUGAGAAGAACGCUGAAGGGCAAGUUCCGUGCUGAUGAGGAGGUACAUAAGUUCAUGGAUAUGCUAGAGGCACAGGCAAAGAAUGAGGGUCGGUAG